AUGCUUGCUGCCCAUCCAUAUUCCCCUAUUGUCCACCAGACAAGAGUGACGCAGACUUUGGAUAUCAGGAUGGCAUUUGCUCUUCGAGUAUCGGUGGUGGUCCUGGCAGCUGUAUGCGUCAUGAAGUCCUCAGCUGAUCCCUGGCUGUGGGAUAAAGGAAAAGGAGGUGGAUACGGAGGCGGAUACGGAGGAGGAUAUGGGGGUGGACACGGAGGUGGAUAUGGGGGUGGACACGGAGGUGGAUAUGGGGUUGGACACGGAGGUGGAUAUGGCCACAAAGGAAAGCUGAUCAUUAAAUGUAAGGGAUAUUGUGGUGGAUAUGGAUAUGGUGGAGGAGGAGGAUAUGGCCACGGAGGAGGUGGAUAUGGGUAUGGCCAUAGCGGUGGGUAUGGCCAUAAAGGGAAAGGUUAUGGCCAUAAGGGAAAAGGAUAUGGGGGAGGAGGAGGUGGCUAUGGACACGGAGGAGGAUAUGGCCACAAAGGAAAGGGAUAUGGCCAUGGAGGCGGAUAUGGCCACGAUAAUGGAUAUGGUCAUAAAGGGAAGGGAUAUGGUCACGGAGGAGGUGGUUAUGGGUAUGGAGGUUAUGGCCACGAUGAUGGAUAUGGCUCUAAAGGAAAGGGAUAUGGAGCAGGUGGAUAUGGCCACGAUGAUGGAUAUGGCCACGGCGGAGGUGGAUAUGGCCACGACGAUGGAUAUGGCUACGGAGGUUAUGAUCACGGCGGUGGAUAUGGGCAUGGAGGCUACGGCCACAGUGAUGGAUAUGACCACAAAGGAAAAGGCUACGGAUAUGGAAGUUACGGUUAUCACUGA